AGCUCGUAUUCACCCUCACUCAGCACCAGUAACACACGGAAACCAGUGAGUGCCAGCUCAGAGACCGGGCAUCAGACUGGGUUAACGGGUCAGAGAGGAUCUGGGAGUCAGGGUAACGUCAAAUCUGGAUGAAAAAUGUCAGAUACUCUACUGGAGGAGGUUUUUAUAAAGCGCUCCCAGCAAAAGAAGAAAACAUCACCCUUAAACUUUAAAGAGAGGUUAUUCGUUCUCACACCGGACAAGAUUUCAUACUACGACUUUGAUGUCGAAAAAGCAAAAAAGAAGGGGUUAAAGGGAUAUGUGGACACAGAAAAGAUUAAAGGUGUAGAGACUGUGAUGCCAGAAGACAGCGCUCCUCUAGAACGACUGUUUCCAUUUCAGGUCAUCUAUGAUGAGGGACCACUCUACGUAUUCGCGCGAACAGAUGAUGUGCGAAAGCUGUGGAUGAACAAAAUAAGACAUGUGAUUCGCUUCAACAAAGAUCUAAUACAGAAAUAUCACCCCUGCUUCUGGGAGGACGGCGCGUGGAAGUGCUGUCAGCAGGAAGUGAAGCAGGCUAUGGGCUGCAGAGUGAUCAAUACCAAAAAUGGAGGACUUUUCAAAAGUUCUCGGCGUCAAUCCAGAAAACCGCUCCCGCCAACACCAGAAGAGGAAAAGCCCCCCAGACCCCUGCCCCCACAGCCACCGCCACAGCCUGGCUUCACGGUGGGGAUGACGGUCAUCGCCGAGUACGAGUACGCCCCUAUGGCACCUCAGGACCUGGAGCUGAGGAAGGACGAGGAGUACACAGUGCUGCAGAUAUGCGACGCAAACUGGUUAAGAGCCAGAGAUAAAUAUGGACAAGAGGGAUACAUUCCCAGCAACUAUGUUGUCGAGGCCCUGAAUGGACUGGAGAAGUGCGAAUGGUAUUGCAAGAACAUGAACCGCAGUCAGGCUGAGAAUUUACUGAAAACUGAGAAUAAAGAUGGAGGUUUUCUGGUACGAGAUUCUGGACGAUUAGCUGGAAAAUACACAGUGUCAGUUUUCACCAAGAGUGGAGGGGAAACUUCUGGCAGCUCUCGACACUACAACAUAUUAACCACUCAGCAAGGCCAGUUCUACCUGGCAGAGAAACAUUAUUUCAACAAUAUUCCAGAUCUUAUCAAUUACCAUCAGCACAACGCUGCAGGACUGGUGAGCAGGCUAAAAUACAUUGUGUCAAAUCGAGCUCAACAUGCUCCAUCCACUGCUGGUCUGGGCUACGGUGUCUGGGAGAUUGAUCCUCGCCAGCUCACGUUUAUAAAAGAGUUGGGUAACGGGCAGUUUGGGGUGGUGAAGUAUGGAAAGUGGCAGGGUCGGCAUGAUGUAGCCAUCAAAAUGAUCAAGGAGGGUUCUAUGUCUGAGGAUGAUUUCAUUGAAGAGGCUAAAGUCAUGAUGAAACUUCGACAUGAAAACCUGGUUCAGCUUUAUGGAGUUUGCACAAAACAAAGACCUAUUUACAUCGUCACUGAGUUUCUCCCUAACGGAUGUUUGCUGACGUACCUGCGGGACUACCUGCAGCACCCCUCUCCUCUCCUGCUCCUGGAGAUGUGUAAAGACGUCACAGAAGGCAUGGCCUACCUAGAGUCCCAGCAGUAUAUCCACAGAGACCUUGCAGCAAGAAACUGCUUAGUAGACUCAAACGGCACAGUUAAAGUGACUGAUUUUGGUUUGUCAAGAUAUGUUCUGGACGAUGAGUACACCAGCUCUGUAGGCUCAAAGUUCCCUGUACGCUGGUCACCUCCAGAAGUUCUGCUUUACAGCAAGUUCAGCAGCAAGUCAGAUAUAUGGGCAUUUGGUGUUUUAAUGUGGGAAAUCUACACACUGGGCCGAAUGCCAUAUGACCGUAUGAAUAACACAGAGAUAGUGGAAAAGGUCUCUGGUGGACAUCGGCUGUACCGUCCUCAGUUGGCCAAUGACAGAAUCUACUCCGUAAUGACCAGCUGUUGGCAUGAUAAAGCUGAUGAGCGACCCACGUUCCAGGAUCUCGUGAUGAUUAUUCAAGACUUAGUGGAGAACAUGGGCUAGAGAGCAGGCUGUGAAACAUUGGGCAUUAAGAAAAAAUUGAUCUUUUAUUACAGAGUACAGAUAUUGUCCUAAGCUGGAUGUUGGACUAUGAAUAUUUAAAACGAUUUAAAAAAUGAAGAUCGAAUAGAUUCUCAUUUUUAAAUGCCAUUUGUUAUAGUAUGGAUUCUUUAAAUGUUUUUUUUCUACUACUACUGUUCCAUCUCUUAAACUGUACUGUUUUUGUGCAUUAAAUUCUGCAAAGCUUCCAAAGUCAGAUUACUGCAACUCUUUACUGUGCACAGUUGACUAAGAGGGGAUCUCAUCAGGAUUACAUUAUUUACAGAUGAAUUAUCUUUGUGAAUUUAUUGUGUGUUGCUAAAACAGUAUAUCAUUCAUGUACGUGAUGUUAUUGAAUAAAAUGAAAGAUAUGUGGA